AUUUUCACUUCCGGGACGUUCAACCACUUUACGCAGGAAAAAAUCACAACAAGCCAUUCAUCAUAGUAUAACAGAAAGGAGAGCGACCAUGUAUUAAUUCUAUUCAACAAGUUACUUUAAUUUAUGAGUUAUGUCAUCAGAUUCAGAGUCAGAAUGUCAAGAAGAACAGCUGUCAUUGGCAGAACUGUUAAAAUGGAAAGUUCCAGAACUAAAGGAUUGGUUGGAAAGAAGAAAUUUAAAAAAAUCAGGUCUAAAGGAUACAUUAGUCAAACGUGUAUAUAGGGCAAUGUCAAAUGGGGACUCAGACUUUUCAGAAGAAGAAUCUUGUCCAGUUAUUUCAAUUGAUUUAGUUUCAAAUCCAUGGAAACCACUAGACUUUACUGAUAUACCAGAAAUAUCCAUUAAAGAUGUUGACAGCUAUUUCAUGUACCACAAAAAUCCCACAACUGGGGAGAGUACCAAUUUUGAAAGGCAAAUGAAAAAGGCAAAACGAUUGUGUAACGAAGGAUUCAUAAGAGACAUUGAAUAUAAUCCUAUUAAUCAAGGAUCAGAACACAAUUACUUUAGGAGUAAAUGUAUGCCUUCUAUGAGACAAAUUGUACAAGUUGGAGACACUGGAAAUACUGCAAAGUACUAUUAUCUGCAUAUAAGUACCAUCAAAGUCACUGGCCUAAUUGUAAGUGCUUUUUUGUAACUGUAAAGCAGGGGGAGCAGGGCUAUGUGCACACGUAGGUGCACUUCUGUACACACUUGUUAAGACAAAAGAUGCAUGUACAUCUAAUGCAUGUGGAUGGGAUAGACCUAGGCCACUACAAAGGAAACCAAGCCCAAAAAGAGUGUGUGACAUUAAAUUUGUUAAAACUGAAAAAGAACAAAAAGCUGAAAAAAUAAAACCAUACCCUGGAGUAUAUCAAGCUGGACCUUGUAGAGAAGAAGGCAAUUUAUUCUUGCAUGAUAUAUUAGAUGGACUAAAGGAUGUAUACCCCGAGUGUGUACUUUAUCAGACUCUGCGGCCGGAACAUGCAAACAUUGAUACAUUUUUAGAACUAUUUCAAACCAAUUUUAGUUAUAUGGAUAAUAUUAUUAUCAAAUCAGCAGAAUGUUUAAAUGUCUUUGAAGCGUUUGUUAACAGCUUGAUGGUCACUUCCAAGAUUAGUGAGAAUUUAGAGAAAGCUACAAGGGGUCAGCAUUUUAAUGUAAAUUGGAAG